AUGGCAGACCGAUUCUGGAACUCUAUGCCCACGGCUCUGCAGAGGCCCACUCUUGACGAGCUGUACAGACGCUUGAGGGACCUGGACCACACCCAGAUCGACGAGAGAAUGGCGAUAGUUUUGAAAAUGUUCAAUCUAAGCAGACAUCCAGCUGGAUACAGUAAAAACUUAUAUUUCGACUUAACUAGAUCUCUUUUGAAUGCAUCAGUCACAGAAGUAUGCCACUUGAUCAAAUCCAGGUGUAGCGGACAUAGUACUUUUAUUGUUCUGCUAUGUGACCAAAAGGGUAGAUUGGAGCAGAAUACUACAAUUUUCAGUCAAGAAGUUUCAUUUAAAAUUUUGUCCUGCAUGAGCGAUGCAUAUGAGGAUUUGAUAGAUAAUCUAACCAAAGGCGAUGGCUGUAGGAUUUUAAUCACCAAUAGUUAUUUCCUUAGCAAUUUCCUCGUAAAUUACAAUACAAUGGACUUGUUUCUGGUUAUUGAUGACUGGGCCGUUACUUCAAAUACACGAUACUUUGAACAAGGUCGUCUGAAAAAGUUCAAGUUUUCAAGCAGUCUUUAGAAAUAUCUCAAUCGUCCUUAAAUGAUUUGUUGGAAAAGACGAAAAUUAGUUCUCCGUUCAUAACCAGUAAGUACUGCUAUGUCAACCCACCAAACUGUAACAAAGCAGCAAAGUUUGAUCUCUACAAAAUCUACGAAAGUUUCUGCAUCGACUUGGAUCAUUUUCUCAAAAAAGACUCCAACUUUCACAUUUUAAAAAGACAUCAAGAUAAAUUGCCCAAAGAUGUCUAUUAUCAGCCCGCAGUUUCAGUUAUAAUCGACAUCGAAAUAAAUCAGAUAUGUUUUGUUUACUCGUUAUGGAAAACCGAUGUCAAGUUGGCUAUCGAUCGUGACUUGCCGGAACCAGUUUUAGAACAGCUUCAAGUCUGUUUGAAAGAAAUGUGUGCUGAAGUUCUGGAACGCGUGAAGAGCUCUGGAGAAAUUGACGGAGAGUCGAACGAGGUUCUGAAAAGAGGGAAACUGAUCCGACAAGUUAUCAAGGAUCUAAAUCAGGAAGAGGACGAGGACAUCUUCUUGUCAAUUGAGGCCGACACGAAUGUGGACAGUAUGAUGAAGGGACAUUUGGGGAGCAAGAAGAGAAGAAGAGUGUACAAGAAGUCGUUUCCUGUUAAUUUUACUUCCAAUUCCAUCCCAACUGACUCGAAACAGUGUUACUUUUACUCUAUCAAUAUGAAGAUGUACAAGAAAGCAUCACAUAUUACAGGAGCGGCUGCGAACUCCGAUCUAAUUCUGGACACUGACCAAUGCUACGGCAUCAUCGCUUCAGUGCCCCUGCCCCCCUCGCUGCCCCAAUUCACAGUGCACACGCGGGAGGGGGAGGAGCAUGUGGGGAUCCAGCUACGCCAGUGCAUCCUGAUGUCAGAUGAUGAGAUAGACUCGGUGGAGAUGUUCCACCAAUACGUGUUUAACGAAGUGCUGCGAGUGGAGAAAGAUAACCUCGUGUUUGACCCGAACGAAUCGCCUCUCCAGUAUUACAUAGUUCUUGCAUCUGAAGACGAAGACGGAAUCUUCAUCGAUUUCCAACUGAUGAGUGACAUAAUAGCGGAUUCGCAAAUUCACUUCAAACAACAACACCCCUUUAAGUUCAACGCCAACAUAUUCAACAAUGCAGUUGUCUCUCCAACUUACCGCAAGCAAGAACGACCUCACAGAAUGUACGUGGUGAAAAUAAGGAACGACUUGAACCCUCUGUCCGAGUUUCCGAGGAGUGCUUUGUACGAGACGUACUCGGAUUAUUACCGCAUAAAGUACGGAGCAGAUAUCACUAAUCUGAAACAGCCUCUCUUAGAGGUAGAAUACACGAAUCUGAGGCUGAAUUUACUGACUAAUAGAUUUGGACGGAUGGCUAAUGGUAAGAAUGGCAAAAUGGCCAACAAUCUGAGCGCCAGAGGUGACGAAGACAGAGGACAGCAGAAGUUAAUUGAACCACUGGAUGCAAAUGACAAGCAGUUUUUUGUACCUGAGCUUUGCAUGGUUUGGCCGAUAGGAGCUGCACUUUGGAAGAAAACUAUCUGCUUACCAUCUGUGCUUUACCGUCUGGAACAGCUGCUGGUUAGUCACAGUGUUCAGAUGCAGAUAAAUCUUGAAGCUCUCCAGGUUGACGUGAAGAAACAUUGGGAUGAAAUGAACCGAUGUGAACAAAGUGUUAUUUACAACUCAGAAUUCGAAAAGAAAUAUUUUGAGCAACAAGUUCAUAAUUUCGAAGGAUUCGACGUGUCUCUAUCUUCCACGUCUAUUCCUACAUCUCUUCAAGUUCUGCAGUGUCUAACUAUGGCUUCUUGCACAGACGUGGCCAACUUAGAGAGAGUGGAGACCAUCGGCGACUCUUUUCUCAAAUAUGUCACUUCAGUAGCUCUGUCUCUGUCCCAUCCAGAUGCUUCGAGUGGAGAAUUGUCAGUUAGAAGAUGCAGAUUUAUCAGCAAUGAGAAUUUGUUCAAAUUAGGUGUAGAGAAAAAUUUUCCGGGAUGUAUAUACUAUCAGACAUUUGAUCCAACUUCUAAUUGGUUGCCUCCAUCUUACGUUUAUCAGCCUUCUGAUGAUGCUGCAGAAGCCACCGGUUCACAAGUGAAGGUAAACUUUUCUGAAGAUUGGAAGGCGGUUGAAACUGGAGUCUGGUCCAGUGAGUUGGUAAAUACGGAAGAAGGUGCGGCUGCUAAUCCUGAAGAUGUAAAUGCUGCUACUUAUAGAAUUUGGGCUCAAACAGCCGCCGAGCAGCAAACAGGUGUUGACUGGGGGACCCUAGAACCAUCGGAGUCUUCGUCGCCCAAUGGGACCAACAAUCUGAUCCCUCUUAACGGCACCGGGGCUAAUGGUAUGAAUGGAACCAAUGGUAUUAAUGGACGUAACGGAAGCUUUUCGCCCAGAAAUGGAAGUCUACCGUCGUCGCCUUUUGGUGUUUUUUCGCUCUCAGAUGAUUUACUUGGCGGCCUGGAGCAGUCCGAAAUCGACCAAGAAAUUGAAGAUUUGUUUCUCGAUCCAGAAGGGGAAAUUUUGUCACCUCCAGAUUUCAGUAGCUCUCGUGGUCCCACGGGAUAUUCUACAAAACCUAAAGUACGAUCCAAAAACACAAAUGCAAUUGAUAAAUCGAAUCUGCCAUCGCCCUACUUGGAAAAUUGCUUGUCAGACAAAAGCAUUGCCGAUGUCAUUGAAGCGCUGAUUGGCUGUUACUUUGUCCAAUCAGGGUCAGCAACUGCUUUCAAAUUGAUGAGUUGGCUUAAUUUACCGGUGAUUGAAAAAGAAGCAUCGUUUCAAAGAUUCAUGAGUCCGUUGAACGACUUUGAACGAACUAUAUUCGGCUCGAGAGAUCUUGCAGAUGUAGAAAGAAUCAUAAAUUACACUUUCAAACACAAGCGAAUCCUUCUAGAAGCUUUCACGCAUCCAACAAUGUCAGACCUUUACCCUUGUUUGAGAAAUUACCAGCAACUCGAGUUUAUGGGAGAUGCAGUGUUGGAUUUCAUCAUAACUAAAGAAGUGUUUUUUCACCCCAGCUACUUUUCAUCAGGAGCUGUGACCGACAUGAGAGCUGCGCUAGUCAAUAACAUAAUUUUUGCCUCUUUAGCUGCCAAUAUUGGUUUGCAUAAGUACCUAAUACAUAUAUCUCCACUGUUGUGCAAUCACAUAAAUGAGUUCAUCAAUUACAAAACAGCAAAAAAGAAAAUCGGCAAAGUUGUAGAAAAUCAGCAAGAUGAAUUUCCGACUUCACAACUUGGUCUUUCGGACGAUUUGAAGGAGUUGGAGGUCCCAAAGCCACUUGGAGAUGUGUUUGAGUCACUGGCAGCUGCUAUAUACAUAGACUCUUCCUUCGACCUAAACGUGGUGUGGGAAGUGUUGAAACCAAUCAUAGGACCCCUAUUGGAACUAUAUGCUGAGAACACCCCCGUCUCACCGAUGAGGGAAUUGAUGGAACUGAAGCCUGGCCGAGUGCUGUUUGAGAGGAUGCAAGACACCCUGGAUCACAAGGUGCAAGUGCGAGUCACAGUCACUGCAUUGUCUUCCUACAUCGGAGUGGGAAUCAAUUUGAGGACGGCCAAGUGCGCGGCCGCACAACAGGCACUGAAAGACAUCAAGAGCAAGGCUGGUUGAAUCAGUGAGAACCGAAUGGGAGUCAGUCACUUGGCUAACCAAAAACAAUGAACUGAUCAAGAUUUUAAAUCAAUUAGAGCAAUUAAACUGAUUGAAAAUCUUUCAAGAACUGUAGUCCUUACAAAGAAAUUUCAAUUUAUAUGUUUAUAUGCUAGGUUCUGCAUUUUCUAUUGAUUUGAACGGCUGCAUUUCUUUGUAAGUAAGGAUUUUUGCAUGUUUUAAAUUAAAGCUAUUGAAAAA